AUGAAUCACAGCAAAGCGGAGCUGGAGCCUUUUGAAUAUUCCUACUACGACUAUUCAGACUGGUACUCGAACAACGCGGAGCCAACUAAGCCUCCAAUAGAAGUUAUUUUACCAUGCGAGCCCACAGCCGACGAAACGCUCUUCCACGUCUGCAUGUUGUCGAUGUCUCUGGUGGUCAUGCUGAUCCUCGCGGUUCUCACCAGGAAAAACAAAUUGUGCCAAGGCUUCACCAGAGGAUCCUCCAGCAUCUUCAGUCCAAACAACUUCCUGGACCAGACCCAGGAGAAAGGCCUGGUCAUGGCCGUGUUCGGGCUGGUGUUCAGUAAACUGGCCGUGCUGGUGAUCGCUCCGGACCCGCUGCCGUUCUGCAGAGACACUCCAGAGGAGAUUAAAGAGUACAUGAAGAUCAUCUCCAUCUUCUACUACCCGCUCCUGUAUUACCCCCUGCUGGUCUGCGGGACCCUGCAGCGUCGGACCGGCUACGUGUUGGGGGGGCUGCUCUCCUUCACGCACUUCGGGGUCCUGGUCUGGCAGAAGUUCGAUUGUCCCACGACUCCAGAGAUCUAUAAGUACUACGCCCUGCUGGCCAGUCUCCCUCAGCUCCUCUGUCUCGCCUUCAUGUGCGUCCACUUCCUGCUGCUGUUCGUCAAAGGACCGAAGACCGAUGAGGACCUGGACAGCAGCUACUACACCAACUAUGUGAAACAGCUUCUGAGGACAAAGUCCUCAACUGUCAGCUCCUCAUCUGCAGACCAACCAACACUUGUCCAGAGAAUACAGGAGAUUCUCAGGAGUUAUAUUUAUACACCAGAAAAAGAGUUUCGUUUUCCACUGAAAUUGGCCGUAUCGGUGUUCGUGGCCUUGGUGGCGAUUUAUCACGCGGCGCUGUUGCUGGUCCUCCUGGUCGUCCCGACUCUCCACAUCGUCCGUGCUGGGAUCGAUGAGAACAUCGCCUUCCUGCUGCUGGGGUUCGGGGUCGUCCUCUCUGACGACAGGAUGGAGGUCGUCCGGAUCGUGACCUUCUACACGUGGCUACUGGAAGUGUGUUACCUGUGUGCCAUGACUCUGUCCUGUCUGGUCACUCUGGUGAUGCUCAUGAGGUCUCUGGUUCUCCACAGGUCCAACCUGAGGGGCCUGUAUAAAGGAGACAUCUACAGCAUCUCUAACAGCCAGAAGAGCAUCUGUCCCUCCAGAGCCGGGGUGGUCUGCUGGAUGGGUCUGACGGGAUACCAGGCUGCACUCGUCUGCCUCGGAAUGGCCGUGCAGACUGUGGUGUUCUUCAUCUGCUUCCUGUUCCUGGUGUUUCUGAUCAUCAUCCCUGUUUUCCACGGGCGGAACCUCUUCGUGUUUGAAAUCGCAGGAAAAGCUUGGCCGGCCUGGCUCACGCUCACUCUGGUCACGCUCCUCCAGCACGUGAGCGCUAAGUUCGCUUUUAUUAAAAAAGAAGCGGGAACAACAGACUUGAAAAACAGAGACAGCCUGUUCCUCCUGACCUACCUGCUCUUCCUGGUCAACACCGUGCUGGGUCUGAUCGUCUCCAUCUGGAGGAUGGUCAUCACCGCCUUGUUCAACAUCCUCCACCUCGGCCGCGUGGACAUCAGUCUGCUGCACCGCACGUCCGAGUCCCACGACCCGGCCUACAGGUACUACACCCAGUUCCUGAGGGUGGAGGUCAGCCAGUCGCACCCGGUGAUGAAGGCGUUCUGUGGCCUGCUGCAGGACAUGAUGGUGGAGGGGGGGCGAGCUGGACAGAAGAUACGAGACGCAGAGGAAGGGAUCCAGGUGACCCCCCCGAGCAAGGCGACCAGCAGCCGGAGGAUCCGAGCUCGCUGGCAGCUGUUGUUCACGCUGGUGAACAACCCGUCGCUGCUGGGCUCCAGGAAGCACUUCCAGACGCUGCAGCCCUCGGAGGGCGUGAAGAACGGCACGCCACAGAGAGGCGGCGAGGAGGAGGCGGCCUGCCAGACGCCCGCCCAGGCCGCCGUGACCCCCACGAGUCCAGAUCAAACGGAAGGAGACUCCAAAUGA